CUCCCGCCCUCCGCCCUCCGCUCGCUCCCCCGGCUCCUCCCUCCUUCGAGCUGCUCCCCGGGCGGCCGCGUGGGAGGGAGGCCGAGAUGGCAGAUGAGAUCGCCAAGGCGCAGACCGCCCGGCCUGGUGGCGAUACGAUCUUCGGGAAGAUCAUUCGCAAGGAAAUCCCGGCCAAAAUCAUUUUUGAGGAUGACCAGUGUCUUGCUUUCCAUGACAUUUCCCCUCAAGCACCAACACAUUUUCUGGUGAUACCAAAGAAACAUAUAUCCCAGAUUUCUGUAGCAGAAGAUGAUGAUGAAAGUCUUCUUGGACAUUUAAUGAUUGUUGGCAAGAAAUGUGCUGCUGAUUUGGGCCUGAAGAAGGGUUAUCGAAUGGUGGUGAAUGAAGGUUCAGAUGGGGGACAGUCUGUGUAUCAUGUUCAUCUCCAUGUUCUUGGAGGUCGGCAGAUGAAUUGGCCUCCUGGUUAAGCAUGUUUUAGGGAUAAUUUCCCUUCUCUAGGCAGUUACCAAAUUUGCCACUUCCAGUAUGUUAAACAGUACACCUCUUUUUGCCUGUGUAUGGAGAGAUUGAGGAAAUAGUUUAAAAAACUUAUCCAUAAUAAAAGACAAAAUGUUGCAUGGUU